GAGGAGCUGGUCAGGAACUGGCCAGGAGCGGACGGCAGUGAAGGAAUCUCAAAACUUUUCCGACACACAUUGCUGUGGUCUGUUUACUGUUUAACUUUGCCUUCGGCUUGUCCUCGAAUGUGAAAAUAACGGCUACGUUUCCUUACGGUGUGUGUCGGUGAUGAAGUGGAUGCUACAGACCGCUUGGAAGAAGGAAACUUGUGAGAGGAAAAACUUAUGGAAUGAUGCCCGAGCGACUGCAUCCCUCCCUCCAAAGUUCAGCUAAGUUUGGAGCCUUGCUGCAUUAUCAUCACCACUCUUCAUCACCCACAUCCAGAGGGCCUGCAUCUUGGAUGAAGUGGAGAGUGCUAUAAUGAAAGUGACUGUGACAUUUGGGCAGACAGGUGUGGUGGUGCCCUGCAAGGAGGGGUGGACUGUGAGGGACCUCAUCCAGCAAGCCACGCAGAGAUACAGAAAACUCCUGGAACAGGAAGGAGUUUUCCUGGUUCGGACUCACCAUGUUGAAUAUUGUGACGGAGGGAUUCUGGACCCCGAUGAUAUACUAAGUGAUCUGGUAGAAGACAAGGAGAAGCUGAUGGCGGUGUAUGAGGAGCAGGAAGCCCAGCAGAGGGGUGUGGCUAACACAAGCCUAGCCCCCAGCCCUGACCUCUACCAAUCUGAGCUCUCUGUCUUCCAGCCAAUCGCAGGAGGAGAGAUUGAAGUCAAUUCCUCAGCCCUCAAGUCCAACACCCCCCUGUUGGUGAGAAGCAGCAGUGACUCAGCCCUCAGCUCCCAGCCGACAGACACUGAACCCUCCCUAAAUGAGGACACCGCCAUGAUGGCAGCCAGUCCUGCUGUGGAGAGGCCAGUAGGGGUAGACCGAUCCCAUGGCAAACACACCUUCAGUGGCAGCCUCACUAGAACAGUGGAGAUCCUGGGAGAGGACAGUCCCCUGGGCAUCCAUGUGGUUCCUUACAGCUCAUCACUCAGUGGACGGUCUCUUGGUCUGUACAUUCGUGGAGUGGAGGAGGAGAGUCGUUCAAGAAAGGAGGGCUUGUUUCAAGAGGAUGAGUGCAUCGUCAAGAUCAACCACACUGACCUCAUGGACAAGACAUUUAGCCAAGCCCAGGAAGUGUUCCGCCAGGCAAUGCGUACCCCAGUUGUCCGUUUGGAAGUAGUUCCCUCCUCCAACAGAGAACGCUAUGAGAAGAGUCUGAUUGGUCAGCUGUUUGGCAACAGUGCUGGUCCUGACAGCAGCCCCGGAAUCGCCAAGACCAAAGAGCCACCUCCACCUGUCAAAGCCAAACCCGUGUUUAAGCCCUCUGAGAAUCCAACCACGCGAUUGGCAGAGGAAGGUGCCACUCUGGAAGUUGCUACACCCAAAGGGAGGAGUGAGAGCCCCCUUCUUAAGAAAAGUCCUGCUCUCUCCAGCUUGGUGGCCAAUAAGAGAGGAGGACGAAGACUGAGGAUUGAUCUAAAGAAAGGUCCAGAAGGUCUUGGUUUUACUGUAGUAACCAGAGAUUCUUCAGUUCAUGGCCCUGGUCCUAUUCUUGUCAAAAACAUUCUGCCUCGUGGAGCCGCUGUCAAAGAUGGACGCCUGCAGUCUGGAGACCGCAUACUUGAGGUCAAUGGUGUGGAUAUCACAGGUGUGGGCCAAGAGGAGUUGGUGUGUAUGCUACGCAGCACGCGACAGGGAGAGAGCGUGUGUCUUGUGGUUCUACGGCAGGAAGACAUGUUCCUGCCCCGAGAGAUGACGGAUGAGGUGUCCCGUGUGGCAGGCUUUGUUUCUGAGAAUGGGAAGGAGCAGCUAACGUUCGAGGUGCCUCUUAAUGACACUGGCUCGGCAGGGCUCGGCAUCAGCCUCAAAGGAAACAAGUCCAGAGAGACAGGAGAGGACAUGGGAAUCUUCAUCAAAUCCAUUAUACAUGGAGGGGCUGCAUACAAGGAUGGGCGUCUGUGUGUCAAUGACCAGCUGGUAGCAGUAAACGGAGAGUCGCUGCUGGGACGCUCCAACCAUGUGGCCAUGGAGACGCUCCGCCGCUCUAUGUCACAAGAGGGAAACGUAAGAGGGACAAUCCAACUGGUGGUGCUAAGGACUCCGAAGGAUCAACAUGGGGUGUCACCCAAUCGCUCAUUUGACAGCUCCUCCGGCCUGUCAGGACUGGUGAGCCCAGUCGGUCAGACAGGAUUGGGCAGUCAGACUAAUGGCCCCAUUCACCCUCCCAUGGUGAACAACACUCUCUAUGGAUCUAAUGUGACCAAUGGGAGUUAUUCUCACAUGGACGAGGAAGAGGAGGGGGAGCUGUAUGGACAUGAAACAGAGUUCAGCAGCUCUACUCAACACUCCUAUCUACAGGAAAGGGAAAACUCCCACACCUCUAGCCCGGCUGAGCCCCAGUCUCCUACCCAGAGCCAGAACCAGCGGCAGUUCCAGCAUGUUAAAGCCUCCAAGAGCAUGGACCUGGGUAUGACUCAGAACCAGCAGCACACUGUGGCAGAUGAGAGCAACGUCGGAUCCCUGGUUGGAAACGCUGCAGCUCCAUCAGCUCCUGUAGAACUCGGACCUACCCUAGGCUUGAAGAAGUCCAGUUCGCUGGAGAGUCUCCAGACGGCCAUGUCAGAGGUUAACAAAAAAACCGAAUUCCUCCCAUUCCACCGUCCUCGCCAAAAUAUGGUCAGGGGAAGAGGCUGCAAUGAGAGCUUCAGAGCAGCUAUUGAUAAAUCCUAUGAUGGGCCACCUGAAGAUGAUGAUGAUGAUGGUUCGGAGCCGAGUUCAGGCCGGGACACCCCUGCAAGUAGUUCAUCCCGCCAGGGAGUGGGGGAUCGGAUAGAGGAGAAAGGCAAAAAAGACAAGAAAAAGAAAGCAAAAACAAAGAAGAAGGAAAAGAAUAAGGGGAAAGGAAAAGAGAAAGAGAAAAAGAAAGCAGAGGAGCCUGAGGAGGCAGAGAAGAAGAGCAAGAAAAUAGGCUUCGGCCUGCUGAGAUUCGGGAAGAAAAAAGAGGAGAAGAAGGAGGCAAAAGCAGCUCUGCAGCGACAGAAGUCAGACAUUCUGAGUGAUCAUGAGCUUGAGAGGAUGAAAGAUGAGAGGGAAAGAAUCGAAGCAGGGCAUCCUGAGCUGCGAGAGCACCGGCCCAGAGACCAGCAAGGCGGUGGCGGCUCGGCAUAUCCAGAUGUUGAGGAUGACGACACAGACCCCAACUAUGCCCGAAUACAAUCCUUCAGGGACCGAAAUAUGGGUUCAAUGCUGCAGCCAUUGUCUCAGUCACCUCCCUACAGUACAAUUCAGCACACCCAUGCCCGAACCCCUUCCCCCCAAGGCCCCUCUGCCUUUCCAGGGCAUGGGAAUCAUGGUAACGACCCUGUAGCCAUUCCUGAUGAUGACCCCCUUGAUAGGCUGUACGCCAAGGUCAAUAAACCAAGGGGAGCUGGAACUACAUCUCCUUCUGUCUCUGCUACUGCCAAUGACAGUGUGGACAGGAUCCAGCAGCUAAGAAGAGAAUACCAGCAGGCAAGGAGAGAAGGAAUGGUGCCGCCUUAUGAAGAACUAGACCCACGACGCAGAGGACACGACAACGACGCACACAGAAUGCCAGGCAGAGGGACAGAUCAUCGGCUGGCACCACGAUAUGAAGAGGUGGAACGUCAGUAUGCCUCCUUACCAAGACGAGGUCCGUUGGAUCCAGCUGACUAUCCCAUGCAGCCCUGGUCAGGUCAUUACCCCGGAGCUCCCCAAGCCCCACAGGGAUACCCUCAGUCCCCGUCCUACCCUAACCCCAACUCCCAGUCUGGCCUGUCUUACUCAGGCUACCCACCUGGCCAGCCAUAUGCACGGCCAGGUGACCAUCGGGGCGUCGACCCUGGGUACUACCCCCACCCAAGCUCCCAGCAGAGAGGCCCCUUGCGGCAGGAUGUGCCCCCAUCUCCUACCCCUCCACUUCGUGGACUACGGUACGACACCAUGACGCGUGGAACCGGGGGUGGAGGUUACAGGCACCUGGUGGAUCCCAGUCACGACCAAUAUGGCUAUACUGGGGAGGGAGGGAGACAGCAACAGCAACACCAAACCAACCCAAGACAGAAGAAUGCCAUGACUGCAGCUGUGUAGACCAAUCAGGUCUAGAGAUGAAAAUGAGCAGAAUGCUAACUGCUUUGUGUUGUGCAGCUCUUCUGCUUUCGGUACUCCAAUGAAAUAGAGUUGAAACCUCUUAAUGGUGUGAUUUGAAUUACCGUCGUUAUCAAACAUUGUCUCUGCUGUUUGAAGUAUAUGGUAAUACGCAGACAAGCAAUGUAAAGGAGGUUAAUUAUAGAGUGGCCGGCGCGAUGCAUAAUGUCUUGUUGUUUGUAGUCAUUUAAAUUGCGUGAGUCUUCACAGUGUAUAAAAUUAGCAGCGUUUCUACUUUUCACCAUACACUGAUUAAGUCUUCUCUUUCAAGAAUCAGUCAGAGCCACAAAGGUAAUUGGAUCCAUUUAAAUUAAGGCAAUAAAGGCCUUAAUACAUACCGCUCUACACACUCUCAUAUCGCACCUGGUGGCUUCACUGCUGCCAAAAAAUAAAAUAUUCAUACAUGUAACAUGUUAACUUUCUGGCCAUGUGUGGCCAUUCACAGAAAUAAAUGACACCUUUUAGUGUCAGUAUUUUUGUGUCAUGAAGCCAAAUUUAUUUGUGAGACUAAAGCAGUUUGUGUUUUCAAAAAAAGUGAUUGUAAGGCUUUAAGUCUCCUCUUGAGGAUGUAGAAGAUGAUGGAAAAAGUCGAAAUGUUCCUGCGUUCCAAAACAUCACGUACAGUAUUGUUUUGUCAAUGAAUUAUGAAAACAUUUGAAUAAUUGAAUAGGGGUGUAACAGUGCACAAAAUUCACGGUUCGGUAUGUACCUCGGUUUUGGGGUCACGGUUCGGUAUGUUUUCGGUACAGCAGGGAAAACAAAAACAUUUUUUACUGUAAGAGUUAGGGCACUCAAAUACUGUCAUAUUGUCAAUAAGAAAAAAUAAAUAACACAAAUAAAUAACACAAAUGUCAGUAAUGCUCCAUCGCAAGACUGUGACGUGUUGAUAAUUCCUGAACAACUACAACUUGCACUGGUUUAUACAGAGCUGCACAGCGGUCUAAAAUGCACACGCGAAGGCACAUUGUAGGGGGGACAAUGACUCACAUUCCAUUCUGUUUUUGUCUCGUUCCACUAAUCAACACGUUCAGCUGAUGCCAUCGUAAAUGACUUGUUUGAAGUGUUUCCACAGACAAACCCGACUUCAGUUGAACAAUGUCGACAUACAGUUCGACACUAAUCGUUGCCCAUCGUAACUAACCGGGAAACCGUAAUGCCCCCAUAAUGUGGAUCUAUGUCACGGGAGGAUCCUCCUGCUCUGGUCUCUCAUUUGUGUUUGCCAUUCGGAGGCUGUGACACUGCAUGAGCUUCACUAACCUGGCUAACCGGGCUAAGCCGACUAGCAUGCUACAGCUGACACUCUAGAAUUUCUGUUCAGUGUGUGUGAGUAGCAGACAUAAAUAGACUAUUUUGACAGUAAUUGUUUGGGUCACCAAAUGUCCUGAACCGAAUGUUUGGGACGAAUACACGUACCGUUACACCCCUAGUUUUUAAUAAUGCUAUUAUUGCUUUUCAUUUCUGUCCGAAAUAUUUCUCUCAGUAGAUAUGAGUUUAAAUAUAUUUUUUAAUACAGGACUAGAUAUAAUCUGAUUCUGAAACCACGCCUGGCUGUUGGUUUACAGGACUCAUGAAUGACCCUGUUCCUGCUUUAAAAUGAUCCCAGAAUGACAACAUUUCAAAUUACAUUGUAGAAGUUUAGAAUUGUUGAAGAAAUCUGAGGCACUCAAGAGGGUAGUGAUUUAAAAAGCCUUUAAUAUCUCAUGGCUAUUUAGUCAUAGUAACAGUUAAACACAUGCCUACGCAUUUCAGCGAUUAAGGCCUUCUUCAGGGCAAAUACAAAAUAGUCGCCUUUGGGCUGUUUCUUAUUUUUUUAAAUUGUAGAAGUACUGAAAUUUACAUUCAUUUAUAUUAAUUUUGGGACAUAUUACCAUUAUUGGACCUUCAUUUAUCUUUUAAUAAUUCACUUUAUCAAGAAUGACCUCUACUUGAAUGUAUGAAAACUUCUCGCAUUACACUUUCACAGUCAUCUGUACUUAAUCCAUGGAGUCAACCUGUGUUUACUGAAUCAUUCCAGCGUAACUGGAGUUUUUGCUGACUUUUUGGUUUUCUAUCAAACAUCCAAUUCAGAGUUAAUCCAUUGCUUUAAACAAGAAGCUGACGACCACAUUUUUCAAACUUUCACCAGAAUUCCAACCUACAAACUUUGACGUUCUGGAAGAAGCUCUGUUAACACGACCUCCUGUCAAAUUACAACCCAGUUGAUGCAACACACACACACCAAAGCAAGAUGGUUCCAACACUUCAUUUUACACUCUUCUAACUUUUUAUUGCUGCCUUCUCCUCUACUGGGAGUAACUCCUACUCUUUAGACAGUAUUUGUUUGAAACUCUAUAAAACAACUAAAUUAUCAGAGAAAGAACACAUUUGAUAUAAUUGUGCUUGAUGAUUUACAGCCAUGUAAAAUGAGUUGGAGAAUACAGGAAAGUAGCAAAAACUACAGUAAUGGUGGAAUAGGUCUGUAUUUUGUAUAAUUUAACCAAACCACUACGAUGGGCUAUUGUGUCACAUGUCAGCCUUGUACCAUUUUCAAGCUGAAUGUAGAGUAAAAUGUACUAUACUGCUGGGUAAGCCAGGCAGAGCAGCCUUUUCUUUUUUUUGGCAGGUGUCUAACUGACCAGUUGCAGAGCUCAUUUUCACUCUGUAUUACUUAGCAGCCUCUUUCUCUGUGUGUUGUCUGUGUAUGCCAUAUACUGUAGUUUGGAUGUGAUGGGUGUUCGUGGCACAUCUCUGUGACCUGGUGGUGUAGGCGUCACUAUGUGUUGAAGUGCACACAAGUCCUGUUGAAACAUGAAUUGAGCUUCAGAGUGCUCUUCACAGUGCUGCACCAUAGUGCAUAUCCAUUUAGCCACUUACUAAACCAUCAAUUAAGUGUAACUAAGAGUUAGAGUCUAGCUUAACAUUUCCGCAUUUCACUCCACAAAGCUCAGCAGUAUUAAUUUCAAUGGAGAUUAAAUGUUAAAAAUGACAUUUCAGGAUUGGGCGAAUUGCAUUUCUGUUAAUAGACUGAAGAUGAAUUCCCACUAAAGUGAAUGUUGAGAGUAAUUUGACUGAAACCCAUGAACAAGAAUGUGAAGUAGAUUUUGUCUCAAAACCAUCUCAUUUGCUUGUUUGUUUGACAAACCUGGAUCUUGAUUGGAAAUGAGAAAGAAGGCGGGCAGGUAGAAUGGAUGGGUUAAAAGAAAAACAGUGAAAAGAGGGGCGAAAGGAAUAGAAGUGAGGGAUAGGUAGAGAAUCAAGGAAGGAAAAAUUAAGAAAAAGGGCGCAGAGAGGGAAGAGGGGUAUUGAUAAAGAGCGAUAAAGCAACAAGUAAUAGACUGAAAGUAUGGAUGGAGGGAGGUGGAAGAAAUGGUAAGAACAGAUGCAGUGCAAUGACCCCAAAGCCUUUGUGGUUUACAGUGGUUUGAUUCAGAGUUUUCAAACAAGAACAGAGCAGAGGAAGGAAUGAAAGUUCAUAAACAUUUGGGCGGCAGUUGUUCUGCAGUAGGAGGAGGGUUACAGGAGUGGGCUUGUAUUGACUGAAUGUAGUGGCUUUGGGAAUUACUUACAAAUAUUUGUCUUUUUCAUGCUAUUAUCACUUUUCAGCACGUACAAUAAUAAAGCACAUGUUUAGGAGACUGGCCUGGUGUUCAACUCUCCUGUCAAGUAUAGAGAGUAGACACAAAAAUACUUCACAUGCCCCUUUAGAUCAUUCACUCCUUUGCUCAGUGUUAACAUUGUAGCAGACAGUAGGCUAGCACGUAAGCCUCCACAAUGGUGAGUGAUAGAAUAGUGCCUAGGAAAACAGGGGAAAACAGUUAAAUGUAUUUGCAAUAUGAUAACAAAAUAGCAUAUUGUUUUAUACUCCCAGGGCCUUCUGGGUGUUGGGUGAUGAGACAUUACAACUAAUAAUCUACAUUCCUGAGUUAAAAUGUGUGAAUCUGUUGCCAAUAUACCAAAACAAAAACAGUUCUCUUCAUUACCAAAAGGUCAGUUUUAUUACUAUGGAUAAUCAUAGUUGUCUAUAUGUUACAGUAUGUUAGAGUGAGCAUGGAGCACCAGAGAAAAUGAUCUACUGGGGUCACAUGGACGAUUUUGGUGUUUCCUGAAAUGUUAUUGCACUUCUUUAAGACAGAAUGAUCAGAAUGCAAAGAUGGAGGAUGUCUUCUUAACUGUGUCUAUCUGAAUGCUGGGUCAGUUACUGGUGAAGCUUUGCUGAGCAACAGUAUAUUGAGAUGUGAACAUUUCAUGAAGGUGUGUUAUUGUUACUCCUCUGAUACAUAAUUCACAUGUAUGUAACUCUUCACAAGCAUUUAUUUUUCAUGUAUUUCUUUUUCAUGAUAGUCUGUGUUGUUGGUUGGGUAUACCAGAGUCGUGUUUGGCUACUGUUACCAUGCUACUGUCAGAAAGAGGUACACUGUAUACUUUUGCUCACUUUUCUUCCCCAAAUUCCGUUCAUGUUCGUUUUGCUAAAUUUUAUAUGCAAUUUACAUUAAAAUAAUUAAGUGUUCUAGCAAUUUUAAACUUGCUUUUUCAAAAAUUGGGAAGAAAAAUCCAAAAAAUGACAUUGUAGCACUUUGCAUAGCAUGGUUAACAUAUCAAAUGUUCUGUAAGCAUGGCUCUUUGGUUUUUGGCAGUACAGUAUGAGUUGCACAAGCUGAAGGUACUAACCACAGUAUUCUAUAUGAAGAGUUCUUGUACUCCUGGUUCUCCCUGUACAGAGACCAGCGCAAGAAGGAACCAACUAAGCAACCUCUCUGUCUUAGAAGUAUAACUUUUUUAUUAAGCUGCUUGUAUCCAAAAAUCCAGAAAAACAAAAACAAAUCUCAUUUUAUAAUGUUGUUACAACAAUGAUUUCUAUUCUUGUUUUCCUGCAUUUUAUAUUUAUGUAUAUAACAUCUUUUUUUUUUGCAUUAAAAUAUUCAUUUUAAAACAGGA